CCGCCCCUGCGCACGGGGUCUCCGCGCGCCUCGCGCCAGGCACUUCCUUUCUCGGCGACAUCUUGCGGGAGCGGCUGCGGGGCCAUGCCGCCCAAAGAUGACAAGAAGAAGAAGGACGCGGGCAAGUCCGCCAAAAAGGACAAGGACCCGGUGAACAAGUCCGGUGGCAAAGCCAAGAAGAAGAAGUGGUCCAAAGGGAAAGUGAGAGACAAGUUGAACAAUCUUGUCCUCUUUGACAAGGCCACCUAUGACAAACUGUGCAAAGAAGUGCCCAACUAUAAGCUCAUCACACCUGCAGUUGUCUCAGAGAGACUGAAGAUCCGUGGUUCCCUGGCUAGGGCUGCCCUCCAGGAGCUGCUCAGCAAAGGUUUGAUCAAGCUGGUGUCCAAGCACCGAGCCCAGGUCAUUUACACCAGGAACACAAAAGGCGGUGAUGCGCCUGCGGCGGGGGAGGACGCAUAGGGAGGUUCUCCGUCGACCUCAUCAAAAAUGUGUCAGAUGUAGGUGCACACAAUAAAAUUACUGAAGUAAUUUUUCAAGAA